AUCGCACCGCCUCACGGAUAAUACUGAUGCCUUAAGUUUUAACUUUCAUGUUUUUUCAGAUUCUGUGCAGCUAGGGGUGUAGUUCUGAGUCUCAUAUUAAGCUCUAGUAAGCUCUCUUCACAGAGUAGGUAGACAAAUCAUUUUCUUGCUGACGACCAAGGACAACGAGUACAACUUUCAGGCUCGAAAGCAUAAACAACAGUGGACUGAAGAAAGAAAACAAGGAUGAGGCUUCUCAACCCGAAGCUGUAAUUGGACAAUUAAACCCCAAUAUGCAAAUGGACCAAAACUUAUAAAAGUGUAAGACCUCGUGACCGGCAGUCCGUUUUGUGACAUUUCGAGUCCACCUUGGGUGUAGCCCUAGUCAGGCUCUUGUGCCGCCCAAGGUGUACACUUAAAGGCCUUUCAAUAAAUAUCUACUUUAUUCUCUAGCUCUGUCCAGUCUCUGUUCCAGGUCAGCCUUCCCAAGGCAUCAAUACAUACCGGACCGCCUCAUGAAUAAUGCAUCUCGGACCGCCUCAUGAAUAAUGCCCAUCGGACGGCCUCAUGACUCAGGACCGCCCCUGGCCGCCGCGCUCGAGCCGAGGUGGAACGGCCGCGCGGCCGGGAGCGAUCCAGGGGCGCGCACCGGCCGGAGCGGCGCCGGUCUCCCGGCAACAGCCACCAACCAGCGGCGGGCGCAGCUCCGAGCAGAGGCAGGAGGGGUCGGGUCUCUCGGCCAUAAGCGCAGCGUGUGGCGACGCAGCUUGCCGAGGAGGGAGGCCGGCGGAGCGCCGGGCGCAGCCCCGCAGGCACCGAAUGGCUUUUUUCCCACCGGUGACUCCUGUGGUGGCAGCUACUAAGUUUUCUCCUGGUUCCCAGCUGAAACAUCAGAGUAACAACAUUUCGCAUGAAUUCAUACUUGACAAAGAGGAAAGUUUAAAAGAUCUCUAUGCACAAAAGAACCAAAGAUAUUCCUAUUCUAUGUCUGCAGAAAGCACUCAGGACAGUCCCAGGCGUGGUGGACUAGAGAGCAAGUAUCUCAUCAGCCAGGCCUGUACUCUGUCAGCUAAAUCAUUGGGCAGACAUCAAGGAGUGGACCGUGCAUAUCCCCUGCAACCAGUUUCUCACCAGAAGAGGGUAAGAGCUCUGUUGCUCAACACAGGAAGUUCCCCAUACAUGCAGGAAGGUCCAAAUAGAAGAUCCAGCUCAAUAAGCAAAGGGAUGGUUCCAGCAGGGAUGUCUCAGUUAGCUGCAGUGCUCUACCCUUCGACAGGAGAGCCUGAACCAUCAGCUACCCAUCUACACAGGAGAGAGCUGGCAUACCUCCUAAAGCUGGAGGCAGAUAGAAGGAACCUAGAAGAGGCAAUUCAAAAGAAAAAGGCCCUUCUUGGAGAGAAGCUAAAGAGGACAGAGGAGACACUUAGGAGGAUUCAAAGAGAGAAGGAGCUUAACAAUGUAGAGGAGAGAAGAGAAAGUGAAGUGGAGAGAACCCAUGAGCAAAAGACCACAAGGCACCCUGAAGAGAAAAUUUUCAGAGCUGCAGACAGGCCAGGUGUUGGGAUUUUCAGUGGGACACAGUCUGCAGAGGACACUAUCCCCAACCCUGGUACCAAUCUCCACCCCCAAGAGCUGGCUGUGAGGAAACUCAAGGAGUGUCUCGUGGCCACAAAACACAGCAAAACAAACAACAGCAAAAUACAAGACAACAUACCCAUGGAGUACUUAGCUUCUUGUUCAAAACUGGCCCCAAAACACAGCCUUUCUCUCUCUGCCCUCUCAGACCAAUAUGCUGAUGACCACAAAUCCGCAGAGAUGCUAUACAUGCAGGCUGCCAGUGCUGUGGAGCAGGAGGAGUUUGGACAGUGCAGCUUCUGCAAACGUAAGUUUCUCUGCACGAGGCUUGAGAAACACAUGAGUAUCUGUGGCAAGAACCAAGACUCCAAGAGGAAAGUGUUUGACUCCAGAAAGGCCAGAGCUAGAGGAACAGAACUGGAAAGGUAUCAACAGUUGAAGAGCUCAAGGAGUCCUCAGAGUAAAACACCACCCAGAAGGAACAACUGGAAAGCGAAGCACGAGGCUCUCAUCCGCAUCAUGUCGCAGGCCCGCCAGGCGCAGCAAACCCUCACCAAGGGGAGGAAGGUGUCUGACCUGCCCCCACUGCCUCCCAUCGAGAAUCCAGACUAUGUUGCCUGCACCUACUGCGGACGCAAGUUUGCUCCCCAAGUAGCUGAGAGACAUAUUCCCAAAUGCAAAAACAUAAAGAAUAGGCCCCCACCUCCACCACAGAGGAGGCGCUGAUGAGGCAGUGCCCCACUGUACCUGCUGCUGUGGCUCCCUGCCUGGUGUUUGCCAGAUUCCCAGCUAUAGACACUUGUGUUUCCUGUAGUCUCAACACUGGCCGCAAGCUUCCGUGUACAGCAAGUGAACAGCUCAGGAUGAAUAAGCUGAAUAAUGGAACUUGUAUACUUUGACUGCACCUAGGUUGCCCUACAAAAGAUGCCCCUUUCCUCAUCACAAGGAGCUCAGGAUCAGAAAUUCCAGGGGUUAGAAAAGCUAACAAUAGCAGGCACUUACUGUUUGAAUCCUUAUGUCAAUUCAUGUGCGUAGAACAGCAGGGAUACUUGGAAUCAGCCAGGCCCUUGAGGCAACAGAACGACCAUCACAAUCAGAUUUAAUAUUUUUAAAAAUGGAGUUUUCCUGCAGGCCAAGUUGCUAGGAACCUCUAAAAAACAAAGCUUGCACCCUUCCUUAAGUCACCUGCUUAUAUUCAUCUUGGUUGUGGCAAUGGUAGGGAAUUAUGACAAAACAUAUCCCUUCUUUUGUUUUCUUCUCAAGAUGUUAUUUUUCUAGAUUCUAAUUAUUAAAUAUAUUAAACUAGU